AUGUAUUUACUUAGAAAUCUAGAGAAUCAUUAAUUUUAUCUUAUCAAUUGUGACGAACAUCCUAAGAAAUAUGCAACUGUAUUCUGCAAAAAGCUCAAUAAAAUGGUUUGCAGUAAAUGCUUGCAAUAAAAUUCAACAAUUGAAGAAUAGAUAAAGUAUAAUAUCUAAUAUAAGUCAAACAUUUUAAGCUUUAUCUCUCAUUUUUCGGAGAGCUUUGAGGAUUUUUAUUAGUCAAAUGAUGAAGAGUAGAAAUAGGUUGAGAAAAAUGAAAAUAUACAAUAAAUUAGUUUAAACAUAAAGCUAAAGGAAAAUUUUUAUGAUAAGAGAUAGCAAUAAGAAGCUAUUAUUUAAGUAAAACCAAAUCAAGAACAUAAUAUGUACAAAGAGUUUAGAAGACUAGUUGAUAAAUAAUUUAAAAAUUCAAAGAUUAUUCCAUCAAAUCUGAUACCAGUAAUUGGAAAAGCUUCUUUGAUAUACAAGGCUACCUCUGAUGGAUUUAAUUCAAAAGAUUUCCACUAAAAAUGUGAUAAUUAAGGGAAUACAAUUUCAUUUAUCUUGAGUGAAUAUGAUCAAGUCUUUGGAUGUUACACAACUAAGCCUUGGAAAUCUCCUAUAACAAUUCAAAAAGAAAUAGAUAAAGAAGCAUUUAUUUUUUCUCUUACAAAAAAUACCAUCCACAAAUACUUUGAGUUUGCUGUUCAACAUAAUAAAAAUAAACUCAUGGUAUUCGGAACAAGGAAUGGUAUCAGUAUUUCAAGUAACUGCAAUUAUAAUUCGGAGAGCUGUUGUAGUCAAGGUAAUAUUUUUAACCCGGAAAAAGGUUGUUUUGAGGAUGAUUAGCAAUCAAAAGAAUAUUUAGCAGGAGCGAAAAAUUUUAAAGUGAUAGAGAUAGAAGUUUAUCAAGUUAUUAAAUGA